AUGAAGUUUCUCAUCUCUGCCUCAACGGCCGCACUAGCGGGCCUUUUGUCACUAACGCAUGUUGCACUUGGAGAAGACUAUUUUAAAUGUAGUCAUGACCAAUUAUUUCACAUGAGUUUCCUAGAAUACAAAGCUGAAGAUUACGAUCUGAAGAAUGCGAAAGCUGGCGAUCCUACAAAUGCUCAGGGCCAAUUUUACAAGACAGUUCGAGUAACGCGGAUGCCAGAAAGAGACUUCUUCGUAAAAUACCUAAUUCAAUUCAUUGAUGAAACUUCAACCUACCGCGUCUAUGAGAAAAUUAAUAAGAAUUGGAAACAAUGCGCUUACGUAAAAGAUACGAGUCGCACUCCAUGGAGAAAGUGA